UUAAAUUUUUUUCAACAAACAGUAGAACAUCUGGUGCUAUUACUGGUAUGCAUGAAGUAAAAAAUUUUACCUGGGUAUCAAGCUGCUCCGAAAGAAUUUAUUAAGCUAAUCUUUAAUAGGAACGCUUCUUCCUCAUUCUGUAUUGUUUCUUUAUGGAUCAUAUUUUACAUUAAACAAAAGCAUGCUUCACGUGCUAUGUGAUCAUUUAUGCCACACUAGUACAAUUCACCUCCGCAUUUCCUCUCUGUAGUGUAUGCAUCUUAUUUCCUCUUGUUUCUGAAUGGCCUGCCUUAUAUAAUUCAAUUCAUGCGUCAAUUGUAUAGCUUUUAUUUUUAUCAAUUAUGAAGGUAGUCUUUCGACUCAAGUAGGUUAUCCUUUAGUUAUUUCAUUGAUCGAAUCCCAGACGCUCCAUUGUCCACAACAUUAUAUCCAAAGAUUGUUAUAAAAUUUGGAUUCUAACUAAGUUCAUGUAAAAAUUUAUAAUUGACUAAAGUGUUAGAACUUUUGAAGUGGUUUCUUUUUAAUUAGAAAAAAGUCUAUCGCGUUUUAUAAAAACACAUUGUGUUUAUGUGUUAACUAUUUUCUAAACAUACUUAUCAUGAUAUAUGGUAAUACAUCUCAACUGUUUAGCGGGUUUAGGAAGUUUCUUUCUGUUAUAAAAAGUAUUAAAGCCAGCGUCAAAAAUGCUUGAUGGAACCAGUCGCAACGCCCCAUUAGGGCAAGUUUCAACACCGUUUAACGUUCAUCAACAACUUAAUGAUGCUAAUUGUUUAUUUCCUCAAAAUUCAUAUCAAUCCGCUGCUGUAGCUGCCGGAGUUGUUAAUCCGUUCACAGGACAUAUUCCCACAAACCCUCACCAUGCGCCUCCUCCUGGUUUACAACAGCAGCACCAUCACCAUCAUCAUCAACAAAAUGUUAAUGGUCCUGUAGGACAAACUCUUUCAAGUCAACAACACAAUGCUGCAGCAGCUGCUGCUGCUGUUGCCGCUAUGAGACAAUCUAUUCAUAGUGGUCUCUCUCAACUCUCACAUGGUUUACCUAAUGCAUCUCAACGUCUUGCUUCUGCUCUUUUUGCGGGUUCUCCUUUAUUAAACGAUGAUUUAAAGUUUGCUGCGGCAGCAGCUGCGGCAGCUGCUGUCCAAUCAACUCGAGCCAAAAAAACACAUAGAGCAGAACCAGUACCUCAAUCGGGUUUCAAAGGUGUAAGCUGGAAUUCCCGAAUGAAGGCUUGGCUUGCGUUUUAUGUUACAGAAAAUGGGGAACGCAAAUCCAAAACGUUUUCUACUCGUAAAUUAGGCAUGGAGGAAGCAAGAGUUCAAGCUAUCACUUUUUGCAAACAAAAGCAAGAACAGAGGAGAGAACGUAAAAGAACACGCGAGUUACAGAAACAUCAACACUGUAAUGCCAACGGUAUAUCAAACGGAAAUUCAAUGGACAAGCUAAACCCAGACGGUUCAGUGGUUGGUUCACCCGCACGACAACAAGCAGCGGCUGCAGCCGCUGCAGCCGCUGCCAUGAGAUGCGGGUAUCCUACAACUCCUGAUUUAGGUAUGAAUGGAUCUAACUUACUUGGUCCACUUUUGAAUAGAACUCCAUCUAACAAUGUGCUUUCUUCGGCGUCUCCAAACCAUGGUUCUGAGAUCGCUUAUGUUCCUAUAGUGCCUAUAGCAAUGAAUAUGAUAGAAAAGUCGGGACUUUUACAGCCUCUAGAAUUAAAUGAAUUACCACCUUGUCAACAUUGUAAUAAACAGCCUUAUCCUUUUUUAAUGAUAGUUUCAGAAGGCCAAGAACAAAGUUAUAGUGGAAGUAGCAUUAUUAAUCUUACACAACAAAGCUCAGUCGAUACUGCUUCAUCCACAAAUAAUCAUGGUACAAGCGCAUCUAUUCUUGGAGGACGUUCAACUGAACCGUCUUCCGAAACAUCUGGAGUUCAUACAACUGUUAGUGGUACUAUGACUCAAGGACUUAGUGAUAAAGAAGAGCUUGUAGGUCAUGCGUAUUUAAGUAACAACAUGUCCAAAUUAACAUCCUCUGUUCUUUGAGCCACAUGAACAAAAAGUUUUUAAAUAACAUAAUAAAACGCUUUUCUAACCUUUUUUAUUUUAGCUCCUUUCUGAACACUAUCUUUCUCAUAACAUAUUUGGAGUUGUUCAAUUAUUUUUUUUUCGUCUUUAAGACUUGAAUUAUUUGCUUCUUUUAUAUACCACAAUUCAUUUGAAUUUUCAUAAUUCAAUUCAAAAUGCAUCCUUUUUUUGUAUAGAGAACUCUAUAUUCCUGAAUCCGUUGUUCUCUAAAUUCCUAACAGUGAGAAUCUUUUUUUUUUUUAAGAAAAAAGUAAAUGGUUUUUUUUUUCAAAUGUGAUAUAUUUAAAAAAAUUUCAAAAUUAUCGAUUGUUCUCUUUAUACAUUUUUUGUUAACAUGAUAGUACACAGAAAUUAGUAGACGUUCUUUGUAACUUUUUAUCCAUACGAUUUCUCUGUAGCCUUAAUAAAUUUCUGACUUUAAAUUAUAGUUUUAUUUAUUUUGGAAAACGAUUGAUCGAGCGGAGUCAUUGUCGAACUUGUUUCUUUAAAAUCUUUAAUAAAUUUUUUUAUCUUUUUAAAUUAUAUCCUACAGUUCUGAAUGUUGUCAAGUUUUUUUUUUUUGUCCUUUAUCUCUCUUAUUUUAUUGUGAAGGUAGAACUUUGCAAUCUUCAAUGCAUUCGCCAAAAAGAUAUACAUAAGAGAUUAUUCUACAAUGAAGCAGUCAGUCUCUGAGGAUGUUAACACAGAAUAUAACAAUGGGUAGAAUCCUUAGUAAAGAUGAUUUUAUUAUUAGAUGCUGCUUAUAUUAUGAAGUAAAAUUACAAUAUAAUUUUUUUUUUUACGCGUUAUUUUAUUUCCAUCAAAAAUCGAGUUAAAAAUUAUAGGAAAAGUAAAGCAUCUAUCGUGUUUUUUUUUCUGUAUUGUGCUACAGCAUUUAAGCGAGGUAUACGUUCGAAAAAAAUUCUGAUUCUUUGAUUUCGAAAUUUUGUAACGGAAUUUUAAAAAAAUACAGCUCUUUUUUAUGUUGUUUUCCA